CUGGUUCCGGGGUCGGUUCCUCUGGGUCGGGCCUGGUUCCGGGGUCGGUUCCUCUGGGUCGGGGAGUCGGUUCCUCUGGGUCGGGCCUGGUUCCGGAGUCGGUUCCUGUCCUCUGGAAGCGGCUCGUUGUUCUUGCCAACCUGAGGGAACCGUGUUCCCCUCCAUGAUGUUGGUUCCAGUGGGUCCAGCUCACGGCCCCAGUUGGCCCGGUUGCCCCUGGUGAUCGGGCUGAUGGAUAGUUAGAGACAGGUUCUGAUCGGGUUCUGGUUGAACUUUACAGCAGAUUGUACUGGAUGAAGGCUGAUGAAGGUGAGUUUGAUGAGCCUUCAUCAGAAACUGGAUCUGUUUGGUGAAUCAGAAACGUUUUAAAAUCGUCCAUCAUGGUCCAAUUUUUACAUCAAAAAAUAUGAACACACAUUUCUGAUCUGGUGAAUGUUUCUGAAUGAAUUCAUGAAUUUGUCUCUGCCAGCAAAUUAGUUCAGAACAUAUGCUAAAUGUUUAGUACUGAAGCUGAACAGAACCGCUCCUGGUUACUUCCUGCCAACUCCCUCUGACCGGACCUGCUCUGUUCCCAGCAGCAGAUCUCUGAGAGGUCAGAGGUCAAAGUGUCCAGAUCUCUGGGUGUUGCCUGAUGGAGGCGUCACCAGGCUGCCUGUAGCUGCCGGCGGUUAUCUGGCCACAUGUGUGCGGGGUCCAGGGGCCGCCGGACGCCCCGGCCUGGCAAAGCCUUGUAUGGCCAUGACUGCAGGGAGACGGAGAUAAGGACGCUGUGUGACCAGCAGCGGGCAUUUCUGUUAAAUUUAGAGCAGCUAUCAGGCGCAGCUCUCCCUCCUGAACGCAGUCUGAUCUCCUGGAGCGGCUGCAUCAGGACCAAGGUUGAGGAGGCCUGAAACUUCACCAUGAGUCCCGCUGGACGCCCGUCGUUCCUGCUGCUCCUGUUCGCCGCCAUCUCAGCCAGCUCCGCAGCAGGGGGCGCCGGUUUGGCGCCAAAGUCCAACACCACAGCCAGAAACCAGACUAAAUGCGGCGGCAGCACCGACUGCAUCGAGGGCGUCAUCCUGCCGCUGUGGAAGCCGGAGAACCCGGCCUUCCCCGACCGCCUGGCCAGGGCCACCAUCUACUUCGUGGGGCUGUUCUACAUGUUCCUGGGCGUCUCCAUCAUCGCUGAUCGCUUUAUGGCGUCCAUCGAAGUCAUCACCUCUCAAGAAAGGAAGAUCACCAUAAAGAAACCCAACGGGGAGAAGAUCACCACCACGGUUCGCGUCUGGAAUGAGACAGUAUCCAACCUGACCCUGAUGGCGCUCGGAUCCUCCGCGCCAGAGAUCCUCCUGUCCCUGGUGGAGGUUUGCGGUCACAACUUUGACGCCGGUGAAUUGGGUCCCAACACCAUCGUAGGCAGCGCCGCCUUCAACAUGUUCGUCAUCAUCGGCCUCUGCGUGUCCGUCAUUCCCGACGGGGAAACCAGGAAGGUGAAGCACCUGCGGGUGUUUUUCGUCACCGCCACCUGGAGCGUGUUUGCUUACACCUGGCUAUACCUGAUCCUGGCCGUUUUCUCUCCAGGUGUUGUUGAGAUAUGGGAGGGGCUUCUCACACUCUUCUUCUUCCCUUUCUGUGUUGGGUUUGCUUAUGUGGCCGACCGCAGGCUUCUUUUCUACAAAUACGUGUACAAGCGAUACCGAGCCGGGAAGCAGAAGGGAAUGAUUAUCGAGACCGAGGGCGAGCCAGAUCUCCCUUCGAAGUUGGACGUCGAAAUGGACGGAAAAAUGCUGAACUCCCAUGGAGACGAACUACCUGACGGAGAGGCGAAGGAGCUGGACGAGGAGGAGGCGCGCAGAGAGCUGGCCAGGAUCCUGAAGGAGCUGAAGCAGAAACAUCCAGAGAAGGAGACGGAGCAGCUGAUGGAGCUCGCUAACUACCAGGUUCUGACCCAGCAGCAGAAAAGUCGGGCCUUUUACCGCUGCCAGGCGACCAGGAUCAUGACGGGAGCCGGCAACGUCCUGAAGAAACACGCCGCUGACCAGGCCAAGAGGGCCACGCAGCAUGACAUCUGCUCUGAGAUAUCCGUCAACAACUUCUCCUCCAAGGUCUUCUUCGACCCUGGGAACUACCAGUGUCUGGAGAACUGCGGCAGCGUGGCGCUCAAUGUCGUCCGCCGAGGAGGAGACUUGACCACUACGGUCUGUGUGGAUUACCGGACUGAAGACGGAACCGCCAACGCUGGCUCCGACUACCAGCUCACCGAAGGAACCGUUGUGUUCAAACCCGGCGAGACCGACAAGGAAAUCCACAUCAACAUCAUUGACGACGAUAUUUUUGAGGAAGACGAGCACUUCCUGGUUCACCUCACCAACGUGAGGGUCACACCAGACGGAGCAAACGACCAUCAGGCGAACUACGCCGACGGCCUGGCAGGGCUGGGCCUGCCGUGCUCGGCCACCGUCACCAUCUUCGACGACGACCACGCCGGGAUAUUCAGCUUUGAGGAGCCGGUGGUGACGGUGAGUGAGAGCGUGGGCGUGAUGGAGGUGAAGGUGACCAGGAACUCAGGGGCCCGCGGUGUCGUGGCGGUGCCGUACAAAACCAUCGAGGGGACGGCAAAAGGCGGCGGAGAAGACUUUGAAGACACGCACGGAGUCCUGGAGUUUGACAACGAUGAGAUUGUCAAAUCGAUUCGGAUCAACGUCAUCGAUGAUGAAGAGUAUGAGAAAAACAAGAACUUCUUCCUGGAGGUCGGCGAUCCUCAGCUGCUAGAGAUGAGUGAACGGAAAGCUCUGCUGCUGCAGGAAGUCGGUGGCUUCGUCCAGACAGACAAGCAGCUGUUUGGUCGAGAUAUCUACAGGAAGGUCCAGGGCCGAGACCGUCCCGCCCCGUCCAACAUCAUCAGCAUCACAGAUGGGGUGUGUGAGGAGGUUUUGACAAAGAAGGAGGAGGAGGAGCGGCGGAUUGCAGAGAUGGGCAGACCAAUGUUGGGCGAACACGUCCGACUGGAGGUCGUCAUCGAGGAAUCCUACGAGUUCAAGAACACAGUGGAUAAACUGAUUAAGAAGACCAACCUGGCUCUGGUGAUCGGGACGAACAGCUGGAGGGAGCAGUUUGUAGAGGCCAUCACUGUCAGCUCAGGUGGUGAUGAUGAUGAUGACUGCGGUGAAGAAAAACUGCCUUCCUGUUUUGACUAUGUCAUGCACUUCCUGACUGUCUUCUGGAAGCUUCUGUUUGCCUUCGUUCCUCCAACAGACUACUGGAACGGCUGGGCCUGCUUCGUCGUCUCCAUCUUCGUCAUCGGCAUGCUGACCGCCAUCAUCGGAGACCUGGCGUCACAUUUUGGCUGCACGGUUGGCCUCAAAGACUCCGUCACCGCCGUGGUGUUCGUCGCGUUGGGUACUUCAGUACCAGGUGUGACACAAGCUAAGGUUGAUACCGCAGACAAUAAAAACAGAUUUAGGGUGCAUUCACGCCAGCCUUGUUUAGUCGGCUUUAAUUAAACUCCAGUUCGUUUGACUAGAAAGUCCGGCUCGGUUGGGGAGGAGUAGUCACAGGCUGGGGA